AUGAAGCUGCCUGCGGUGAUGAUUGCUGGCCUUACCGCCUCCGCCAUGGCGGCCCAGCAGGUGGACGAGGAAGUCAACCCCGUCAAGAUCUGUGGCCGGCUCGGCGUGAUGAAGGUUAAUCCGGAUAACCUCCCCGAGGGUGUCCGCAUGGAGGACGUCAGAAUGUGUGCAGGCCAUCCAAAUGGAUAUGACAACUAUUAUGGCUGGGGCGAUUACCUGCCUCGCUGGUUCCCGGGUCCCCCGACCUUUGGAUACGCGUAA